AAUUUUUCGCGUUAUAUAGUUUUGGCCCAUAAUUUACGUGUCACGUUCACAUAUAUAAACCGUAUUCACAUUCACAAUUUUUCAUCUCAAUUUCGCUCCGCUUCCUUUUCGUUUCAUAAAUUUCCAAUCAAUUCGCUUCGUUUGGAAGCGGGGCAUCUCUUAGCGUUAUUAUUAUUCUCUCAAUUUUCUUUCUCUCUUCUCAUCAUGGCUGCUAACAGAUGGAUUAGACCUGAGGUAUACCCACUUUUUGUCCCAGUUGGUGCUGCUGUUGGGAUCUGCGUCAUGCAACUGGUUAGAAACAUAACCACCAAUCCUGAAGUCAGGGUAACCAAACAGAACAGAGCUGCAGGAAUUCUUGACAAUCAUGACGAAGGGGAGAAAUAUUCACAACACUUCAUAAGGAGGUUUGUCCGUGGCAAGAGCACUGAGAUUAUGCCAUCCCUCAACGGCUUCUUCUCUGAUCCAAAAUAAACAAACAAAUGUCCAACUUUCUGUUAUUGAAAUUUGAUUUCUGGGAUUAAUAUUUUUUGCUUUAUGCUAUUUCGAAUUGAGAAGUAGGACAAAGGAAUUUGACUUUUCAGAUAAAGGAUAUUUGUUGAUGUCUGAAAUUUUCUGUUGGAUGACAUUCAAUUUGUCUCUGAGAAUAAAAAUUUAUACUUAUA